CUCCAUCAUCAGCUAUACCCUACAGCCUGUCUCACUCUCCUUAUCCUCCUCCUGAAAAGAGAGAGAUCACGCAACACGCCAGGGAAAAGACGACAAGAAGUGUAGGAGAGAAAAAAAUCUGCAGAGGCAAAGACUCUCCUCUCUACACUGCUCUUUUUCUGAGCGUGAGAGGGAAGGGAAGAGGGAGAGACAGGAAGGCAGUGAGCCGCAGAAAUAAAAAAGGUGCUUCUUGUCAUUCGUGCUGCUUUCCCUGCUGUGGCUCCAACCCACAGAGCUCUGGUUGUCAGCCAGCAAAGAGCAGAGCGCUAGCGCAGUAGCAGUGUCUCUCUCUCCACAGAAAGCAGCCUGAGGAAGAGAGGAUGCUAAACAACUUGACAGACACCGAGGAGGGAGAGGGGGGACCCAACUGCCAGGGUGAUGGGAACCCCAAGGAGAGCAGUCCCUUCAUCAACAGCAGCAGUGCCAGCGACGUGGAGAAGAGCCAGCAGUACAAUGGCAAGAAUAUGGCCCUGUUUGAGGAGGAGAUGGACAACAGUCCCAUGGUGUCGUCCAUACUCAGCAGUCUGGCCAACUACUCCAACCUGCCUCAGGGCAGCAAAGAGCACGAGGAGGCCGAGAACGAGGAGGGGGCGGCUCCGUCCAAAAAAAAACCUGCUGUCAAGGCACCAUCGCUGGGCACUCUGAUGGGGGUGUACCUGCCCUGCAUCCAGAAUAUCUUUGGUGUGAUCCUGUUCCUGCGGAUGACCUGGAUGGUGGGCAUAGGAGGGGUCUUUGGCUCCUUCAUCAUCGUCUUCAUGUGCUGCUCCACGACCAUGCUGACAGCUAUCUCCAUGAGUGCCAUCGCAACAAAUGGAGUGGUGCCAGCCGGAGGCUCCUACUACAUGAUCUCCCGUUCCCUUGGCCCUGAGUUUGGCGGAGCUGUCGGAAUUUGCUUCUACCUAGGAACUACUUUUGCAGGUGCAAUGUACAUCCUUGGUGCCAUCGAACUUCUGCUGAUCUACAUCCUCCCCCAGGCAGCCAUUUUUAAGAUGGAGGGUCUGGAGGGUGCUGAUAUGGAGGCAGCGAUGCUGAACAACAUGCGUGUAUACGGCACCAUUGUGCUCAGUUUCAUGGCCACGGUGGUGUUUGUGGGGGUCAAAUAUGUCAACAAGCUGGCUCUGGUCUUCCUGGCCUGCGUCAUUCUGUCCAUCCUGGCUGUCUAUGCUGGGGUCAUCAAGACGGCCUUUGAACCCCCUGUUUUCCCCGUGUGUAUCCUGGGGAACCGUACUCUGAUCUCCAAGGGAUUUGACGUUUGUGCCAAGGUCAUUGAGCGGGACAACGGCACAGUCACCACCAAACUGUGGAAGAUUUUCUGUGACUCCGAGUUCCUCAAUGCUACCUGUGACGAAUACUUUGCAAACAACAAUGUCUCUGAGAUCCAGGGUAUCCCAGGGGUCAGCAGUGGUAUACUGGCUGAGAAUCUGUUUGGUUACUAUCUGGAGAAGGGAGACUUCUUGGAGAAGCGGGGGAUCUCUGCCAUGCAGGACCCUGAAGCUGUCAUCACCAACUCCAACCGUUACGUCCUGGCUGACAUCACCAGCUUCUUCACCCUACUGGUGGGGAUCUACUUCCCCUCCGUCACAGGCAUCAUGGCUGGCUCUAACCGCUCUGGAGACCUGCGUGAUGCCCAGAAGUCCAUCCCCAUAGGCACCAUAGCAGCCAUCACCACGACUUCUAUAGUGUACAUGUCUGCAGUGGUCCUGUUUGGGGCCUGUAUUGAAGGGGUGGUCCUGAGGGACAAGUUUGGUGAGGGGGUGGACGGUAACCUUGUGAUUGGUACGUUGGCUUGGCCGUCACCAUGGGUCAUCGUGAUUGGAUCCUUCUUCUCCACCUGUGGGGCUGGGCUUCAGAGUUUGACUGGAGCGCCACGCCUCCUGCAGGCCAUUUCUCGCGAUAGCGUCAUCCCUUUUCUUAAAGUGUUUGGGCAUGGCAAGGCCAACGGAGAGCCUACCUGGGCCCUGCUUCUCACAGCUAGUAUCUGUGAGAUCGGCAUCAUCAUCGCAUCUCUGGACGCUGUUGCCCCCAUCCUCUCCAUGUUCUUCUUGAUGUGCUACAUGUUUGUCAACCUGGCCUGUGCCCUGCAGACUCUGCUGAGAACCCCCAACUGGAGGCCGCGCUUCAAGUUCUACCACUGGGCUCUCUCCUUCCUGGGCAUGAGCUUGUGUCUGUCACUCAUGUUCAUCUGUUCCUGGUACUACGCCAUUGUUGCCAUGGUGAUCGCUACCUGCAUCUACAAAUACAUUGAGUUCGCUGGGGCGGAGAAGGAAUGGGGAGAUGGUAUACGUGGCAUCUCGCUCAGCGCUGCUCGCUUUGCCCUCAUGAGGCUGGAGGAGGGACCGCCUCACACCAAGAACUGGAGGCCUCAGAUCAUGGUCCUGGUGAGCGUGGAUGCAGAACAUAAUGUAGAGCAGCCCCGUCUGCUGUCCCUGACCAAUCAGCUGAAAGCAGGAAAAGGCCUGACCAUUGUGGGCACCUCGGUGGUGGGCACAUACCUGAACAACCAUGCAGAGGCCCAGCAGGCAGACCAGUCUCUGAGGAAGUUGAUGGAGACAGAGAAGGUGAAGGGCUUCUCCCAGGUGGUGAUCUCCUCCAACCUGAGGGAUGGAACCUCCCACCUGAUCCAGGUCGGGGGGCUGGGAGGCCUGAAGCACAACACUGUGCUGGUCAGCUGGCCACGCACCUGGAAACAAGCUGAGGACAACCUGCGCUUCAGAAACUUCAUUGAGGUGGUUAGGGAGACGACUGCAGCCAGCAUGGCCCUGCUGGUCCCUAAGAACAUUGCUGCCUACCCGUCCAAUGGAGAGCGCUUCACUGAAGGCCAUAUUGAUGUGUGGUGGAUUGUCCAUGAUGGAGGCAUGCUGAUGCUGUUGCCCUUCCUUCUGCGCCAGCACAAGGUGUGGAGGAAGUGUAAGAUGCGCAUCUUCACCGUGGCCCAGAUGGAUGACAACAGCAUCCAAAUGAAGAAAGACCUGAUCACCUUCCUGUAUCACCUGCGUAUCGAUGCCGAGGUCGAGGUGGUGGAAAUGCAUGACAGUGACAUCUCAGCCUAUACAUAUGAGAAGACUUUAGUGAUGGAGCAGCGCUCCCAGAUCCUCAAACAGAUGCACCUCACCAAAAACGAGAUGGAGAGAGAGAUCCAGAGCAUCACUGAUUCAUCCCGUGGUUCUAUCCGUCGUAAGAACCCGUCUAACCUGCGGUCUCAGCAGAGCAGUGGGGAGCCGGCUGGAGUCAGCGUGGAAGAGAAACCGGAGGAGGAGGUGCAGCUGAUCCACAAUAAGAACGCAACCCCCACCAGCCCAACGUCCCCCAUCACGCCUGCAGGGGGAGUUGCCACCCCCGGGUCGGAGGUGCAGAUGACCUGGACAGACAAGGCUGAGCACCAGGCCGCAGCAGCCCACCCAGAGCAGGGCGGGGUCAAAGACAUCUUCAACAUGAAGCCGGAGUGGGAGAGCCUGAACCAGUCCAACGUGAGGCGCAUGCACACAGCUCUGAGGCUCAACGAGGUCAUCAUGAAGAAGUCCAAGGAUGCCAAACUGGUUCUGCUGAACAUGCCCGGACCACCCAAGAACCACAUGGGAGAGGAAAAUUAUAUGGAGUUCCUCGAGGUCCUCACCGAGGGUCUCAACCGGGUCCUCCUAGUACGUGGGGGUGGACGUGAGGUCAUCACCAUCUACUCCUGAGAAAACAACCUCAAAUCAAAACAUCAACCCCCCCACCACCCACUCACCUAGCAUCUUAAUGGUUUAUGGCCCCUGCUUCUAUUCCCCCUACACUUUUACAUUUUUCCAUUCCCCCUACACAUCCCUCACAUCCCACUAACCCCUCCCCAGACACACACACACACACACUCAUAACAUAUCAGCUCACUUUGCACCACGUAGUUAGUACCCCCCCCCCCCGAGCCCCCUAAAGGCACUGGCUGAAUUCUCUUUUACUAUCAGUCACUCCUCCCAUCAUCUAGAAAGCUGUGGCAUCAACCUGUUAUUUUAUGGCUAUCAGAUCACUAGAUGCCAAAUGGCACAUGAGUUUCUCCUUAUACUGAGGAGUGGACAUAUCCCAAAGACAAAUUAUUCCCCAAACUAAAAGUAAUUUCUGUUUGGCAGCGCCAAUGUCUUUUUUCUGUUUGUCCUUGUGUUUUUUUCUACCUGUCUGUCAAUAUUGUUGCUUUUCUUCUUCUUUUUGUAGGGAUGUGGGUUACUUGCAAGAGAGGGAUUGAUAUCUUCUCAUUGCUGGUCUAUUUUAUUUCUUACUUUUAUUUAUUAAUCUGUUCCAGUGUUUAGAGGAUACACUUCAUAUCUUUUUCUCUUUUUGUUGUUGUGCGUUAGUUGUUUUAAUGUAAUGUACGAUAUGAUGUGUUGAGGGAAGGGGAUGGGUUGAGAAUUCAUCAAUCAUCAUCAGCAUGUCUUCCUAUCGAUUUUCACCUUGGGGACAAGGUCAGUUGACGAAUCCUGGGCAGCAGCACAGUCUAUAUCAAUUUGAAGGAAGGAAGGAUAACUGCAUGCAUAGGCACAGCACACAGUGACGUGUGGAGGAGACAGGCAAACUGCUACUAGGAUGCUGUUGUCAGGAUUGAGGUCAACUUCAUACCAGUCAGUUCACAGAUGGGAGUUGAAAUGUAAUCAAUGAAUUGAAUGGAUUACAUUUCUCAUUGAACUCACUGAAUUCUGAUGGUUGGUGUUGAUUACUGUAAAUAGUGUGCUUUGUCCUAUCAUUUAAUACAUACUAUUACCAGCUGCACCUGAUGCUCCUCCUGAUCAGUGACUAGUGCUGACAAGACUUUUAGGUGGCAUAAACUAUUGUUAUUACAGUUAUACAACUGUAAGGAGAAACCCUGAAAUGUAUUGAUAUAAAGUAGAUAUGGAUGUCAAGAAACUACUGUGUUAUAAUCUAAAACAAAAGUCCAUGUGUUUGAAACUAUAUUAUCAAACGGCAACAAUUUUAAUAUAUUACCAUGUAGUCUACAUUAGAACAUGUAAAUUGCUAAUUUAGAGACACUCAUAAACAUAUAAUGUUUGUGAUACACUGAUAUAUUUUAGUAAAUACCUCUGUUUUACUUUGUCAUCAUUUGGUUUACACUAAUUCCAGUCUAGAAAUGUGAAUUCUACAAUUCUUGCCAAAUACAAAUAUACAAAUUGUGCCAUAGGACAAUAAAUAACUUUUUGAUACAAACCUAUUUUUAGUACAAAGGCAAAACUGUGUAGUGAAUGAACAAACUAUGCUUUAGAUGGAAAUUAGCAGUGAAAUUACAACUGGUUUGAAUGGAUAUUUUUGAAGCCAGCGCAAAUAUUCACAACCUUGGACUAGAAUGGGAAGAAACGAUUUAUUGUCAGUGUGGCACAGCUAUUUAUUUGCGAAAUAUAAUAUGACUGUGAAUCCCUAUGUUCUGCAUAUUUACAAGGGUAUGUCUAAAGAAUCUACCCUGGAAUAAUACAUGAAUCAUAUUCAUUAUUUUUGUAAGCAAAUAUUAUACAGAUAUAUGUACAUACAGGUCGACCUCAUAUUUGCAAGUAUUUAACAUGUUAGUUUCUGUGCACUGGAUGGCACUGUUGAACACGUGAUAGAAAUAUAGGGUAUAUGAUAUACAUUUGUAUGAUAUUGUUUUCGGAAGAAAAUGAUUUAAUUCAAUUUACUGAAUAGUUUACGUAAAAACAAUAUAUUUUGUGUGUGAUGAACACUGUAUUCUGUGAAGGAUAUUCUUAAUCUAACAUAUUAGGACAUAUUAUAGAUGUUCUAAAAACAAUUAAAGCUGCUAUUCUGAUUCAUGUGUAAAUAUUGAACCAAAAAUAAAAAUUUAAGAAGUCUAUUAAUCAGAUUGGGUACUAGGAAGGGUAUACAGGGUUUGAGUUACUUGGGUAGCAAGGCAGGGAUGUUUGACACUAGUCAGUGGUUUUCAACACUGUCCUUGAGGUUCAACAGUCAGCUACAGUUUGCUCCAACAAAUCACAUAGUUCAUGAAGUUAUUGACCUGGACAUGACGCUGUUUUCUUUGUGAAAAGAUCUGAAAAAAAAUCAUAGCUGACAUUAGUCAAUCAACAUCUCCACUGAGCAUUGUUUAGUUGGAGAAAAUGUAGCCACAAAACAACAUUUUGAACUUGUUAUUGAAAGGCAGGUCUAAGGGCAGAUGAAAAUAUAUACAUACAAUCCUUCAUGGAGUUUAUUUGAGAUAUUAUUAAAUAUUCGGUUGUUACCCAAAUAUAUUUUAAAAUAUGCUGAAAUCAGUAAGAGGACAGACCUACUUAGGUGUUUGACUGGUCCCAUAGAUACCAGUAAGACACUCCGUGUUUGUUGACAGCUCUAAGCUGAGUGAGAGGUGAUGAGGUUUGGGGUUAGAUAGUGGUAGAUAGUUAUCCUCAGUCAGCACACUUUUUACGUGGCACACAAAUACUACAGAAAAACAAAAUAAUAUAAUCUUGGAAAUAUUUAACUAUACAAUCUAUAAUAGUAUUGAAGUAAAAUAAAAAAUACUAUAACAUAUAUACAGUAACUGGACAUAUGAAUAUGAUAUGACUUGUUUAAAAGUUGAUGGUUGAAAACAAUGUAUUUUUUUAUAUUCCUGUUGGCAUGGUGUUUGUAACAGUAGUUGCAUAUAUCCUUUUAGACAGGAGUUGGUUAGUUGUCAUUGAGGACAAGACACGUAGCUCACAGUUGUGUCACUUUUCUUCUCACUUUUUUGUUGAUAAAUUAAUGGGUGAAGAAAAUUGUCCAAAGUUUAUCUUUUGAGUUCAAAAUAGGUAGUUGAUAUGUCUCAGAUAUCCCAGACCUAGGGCAAGAGCUGGAACAUUGUUUACAUUGUGGGAGGCAACCUGUUUGCCUAGGGAAACUAGUAAUUGAGUCAAUAUGUUCGGCCUCAGUCAUCAUUUAACUACAGAAAACAUGAAAAGAUAUGGAGAUUUGGAGCUGUGGAUUAUGAUUUGAGUGUUAAAACUCUGGUAUAUAUGCAAUACAAACCUACUGUAAACCUAAAACAUACUGCUGUUCAAAAGUUUGGGGUCACUAAGAAAUGUCUUUGUUUUUGAAAGAAAUUCACAUUUUUUUGUCCAUUAAAAUAACAUAAAAUUGAUCUAAAUACAGUGUAGACAUUGUUAAUGUUGUAAA